UGCUAUAAGCCGUGAUCUCGGAAAACUGUCUGUCUUCGCUCUUUCAUGAUCGUCAGUUAUCUGUUCGCCCUCCAGUUGAACAUCAAAUGCCAUGCUGUGUCGUUUAGAGGUAAAGUUAACCCAUGUCGGCGCCGACAAGACGCACCACCUGCUAGUACAGGGGACCACGACCCUCUAGCGCGGGAGCGUCAGUCACCACCUCCUAGGGCAGGGGAAGAGCCGGAACCUUGA